AUGUACAGCUUGUGUCUCAACGAAAAGCGAUUGCACCUACGGAUCAGAGGCGAAUUCGCAACAUCGUCAUAUUUUGUUAACCGCAGGUCUUCUCAACCUGUGCUUUCACCCGCGGUCGGCUCAUCUGCUGGGAGAGGGAGCUUCUCCGGCGGCUCGUUAUCUGACCUACACAACACGACUCACCUUAGCCUCCGUCCACACCUGGACGGGCCACAAAACGACAACAACCUCGAGAACGCGGUUCUAGAAUCACGGCACACGUCUACGACAGAGUCAAUUCUGCAAUGGCCCCAUUUCGAUGUCUUUCCCACUCUUCGCAAUGACUACACCUCCAUCUUCCACCUAGAGCAGUCUCGCCCCCGGAUUAAGACGAAGACAACAAACCUCUACCCGUACAUAACAGAAGAGGAUGUCGACGGCAUUUUGGGCACGUUCGAGCAUGCCGUCAACUUCUGGUAUCCCACAACGUCACAAGAUCAGCUGCAGAACGCUCGGAUGAUUAUUGCCAACGGAAACUUUGACGACGACGACGACGACGACGACGGGCUCGACGUCUGCCUUGCUUUGCUCACUAUGGCACUGGGUUGUGCUAGCAAGGUGACAGCAGGCUUGGUAGAAGGCGCCACCCUUCCUGGGAGUGACCAGAGACGCAGAGUAACCUAUCGUGCAACAGGAGAUAUGUACUUCGAGAGUGCGCUGAAGAAACUUUACGUUUCCCACAUGGAUGUCAACUCCGUUGCCGCACAAUGUCUUUUCUUUGUAGCCCUGUACUUCGCCUUCCUUCGUCGUCCACUCCAAGCUUGGGAAUACAUUUCCGCCGCGGCCGCUAAGUGUUUGCUCCUCCUGUCAUACUCACCACGUGAUUCCACUUCUGAAGAUCAAGAGCGUAUCCGCCGCAUCUUUUGGUCUUGCUACAUCCUCGAAUCAGACUACCUAGCUGAGCUCUCCAACUUGCCGCUAUCAGGUAUUGCUCGCAUUGAAUCCUCAGUCCCGCUACCAGGUGCAGGUUAUAGCACGCAUUCGACCCAUCAAGAGGAGGAGCAGAGCUCGCUGUACUUCUUGGCUUGCGCCAGUUUGGAUGAUAAGCGUUUCCCCGGCAUUGUGAAGGAGCUAGAUCAUCAGUUAGAAGAGUGGAGGAGUGUACUGCCAGAAACUUUCGCCUUCGAGGUUGAGUGGUCUGCACCCGCGGCAGAGUACAAGAUCACCGGAGUAAAGACGGAGCAUGGGGGAUUCCUGAGGCAAAGGUAUCUCACUUGUCGGAGUGUCAUCUACCGGCCGUACCUUAUGUGGAUGUUAAGCAGUGCCAAUGCCGGCUCCUGCCUUGAAGCCAGUUCAAGCGCAGCGACAGGUGGAUUUGGUGGCGUCCAAGGUCCCCUAGCUUCCGUUCCAGCAAGCAGCACGGCCGUCGGCAUGAACAGCACCACUACCCCGUCAUCCAUGAACAUAAAGCUAGUAGAACGCGAAGUCCUAGCCAACUGCAAGGCUUGUCUGGAUGCUUGUUUGCUUCACAUCUUGAACCUCAGGGGAUUCUCCCAGACAGUGCUGGUGGAUACUUGGAUUUGUUCACUUUCAAUGGCAGGCGCAAUGCUCGUCCUCUUAGCAGCCUGCCGGAUCCCGUCACUCAAAACCCUUAUCGGGCCCGAAAUUCUCCAAGCGGGAAGUCAUUUGAGGGAGUUGUUGGUAGGGUGGCAAAAAGUACAAGGAGAGCCGAGAUCGCCUAGCGUGGAUCAGAGUGUGCACAUCAUUCACGAGGCGGAGAAGUUCACCAGACAGGUCUAUGCGGGUGAGGAGGGUGAAGGAGCAGGCCGCCUUGAGGAGUGA